AUGACCAUGUCAGAGAACUUAAGCCGCACCCUCGCGGUUUACGUAGUUGUUCAUGAGAAUGGAAUGAAGCUAUCCCUGGCUUACCCAAGAAUUUUAGGUGCCAGCCAGCAGAAUACGUGCCCCAUUUCUGUAAAGGUAGUUACACACAAACGAGGAUUCAGCGUCCGAUCCUUUGGAACAGGGACUCAUGUGAAACUGCCAGGACCAGCACCGGACAAGCCGAAUGUUUAUGAUUUCAAAACAACAUAUGAUCAGAUGUACAAUGAUCUGCUUAGGAAAGACAAAGAACUAUACACACAGAAUGGGAUUUUACACAUGUUGGACAGAAAUAAGAGAAUCAAGCCACGACCAGAAAGAUUCCAGAACUGCAAAGAUGUUUUUGAUUUGAUCCUAACGUGUGAAGAAAGAGUCUAUGAUCAAGUAGUAGAAGAUUUAAAUUCCAGAGAGCAGGAGACAUGUCAGCCAGUACAUGUGAUCAAUGUGGACAUUCAGGAUAACCACGAGGAGGCAACCCUGGGUGCUUUCCUUAUCUGUGAGCUCUGCCAGUGUAUACAGCACACAGAAGACAUGGAAAAUGAAAUAGAUGAGCUGUUACAGGAAUUUGAAGAGAAAAGUGGAAGGACUUUUCUUCAUACUGUCUGCUUUUAUUAAAGCACAUCUGUCUCUUAGGCCUUAAUACAGAUGAGGGAAGCAUGUGUUUAAAGUUCUGAUUAUACUGUAUUUUCCUGGAAAAUGAAUAUUGAUCUUUUUUGUUUAAAAACUCUUUUUCAGUGUCUUUUUGUUUUGUUUCAGGUAUUCUGUCACAGGUAGGCAGAGAUACUGGUGGGGCUUGUACAUAUGAGAUGAUUAAAAGUAUACACAAAGGCCACCUAUUUAAAAAUGAAAAUCAAGAUUUCCUUUAAAUCCUACUUUAAUUAUUACAAGUAGGUUUUUAAUUAUAAAGAGAAUGUUUCUUGAAUAUAAGUUUAUAAUGUAUUUUUCCAGCUUACAAAUUUAUUUUAUUUCAGUUGUGCUUUUUUUUUUAUUUUAAUGUGACAGAAUGGCUGAACCACGUGAGGAUAUGAAUGGAACAAUGAAAAAUGAGUAUCUGUAUAUUAUUAGAUAUAAAGUUGGAAGCAUCCAAUAAAA